AACCCAGAGGCAGCCAUGGGGACCUGUGCUGAUACCAACAUCUCAUCUGGUUUUGAGAGCAACACCACGGGUGUCACGACCUUCUCCAUGCCCGGCUGGCAGCUGGCGCUGUGGGCUGCAGCCUACCUGAUCCUCGUGCUGGUGGCCGUGACGGGCAACGCAACUGUCAUCUGGAUCAUCCUGGCCCAUCAGAGGAUGCGCACAGUCACCAACUACUUCAUUGUCAACCUGGCCGUGGCUGACCUCUGCAUGGCUGCCUUCAACGCUGUCUUCAACUUCAUCUACGCCAGCCACAACAUCUGGUACUUUGGCCGCACCUUCUGCUAUUUCCAGAACCUCUUCCCUGUCACCGCCAUGUUUGUCAGCAUCUACUCCAUGGCCGCCAUUGCAGCAGACAGGUAUAUGGCCAUUGUCCACCCCUUCCAGCCACGGCUGUCAGCCCCUGGCACCAGAGCGGUAAUCGCUGGCAUCUGGCUGGUGGCCCUGGCCCUCGCCUUCCCCCAGUGCUUCUACUCUACCAUCAUCAUGGACCAGGGAGCCACCAAGUGUGUAGUGGCCUGGCCUGAAGACGAUGGUGGCAAGAUGCUCCUUUUGUACCAUCUCAUAGUGAUCGCGCUCAUCUACUUCCUGCCUCUCGUGGUGUUGUUCGUCGCCUACAGCGUCAUCGGCUUCACGCUCUGGAGACGCACCGUCCCCGGGUACCACGCGCACGGCGCCAACACACAAUACCUGCAGGCCAAGAAGAAGUUUGUGAAGACCAUGGUGCUCGUGGUGGUGACGUUUGCCGUCUGCUGGCUGCCCUACCACCUCUACUUCAUCCUGGGCAACUUCCAGGAGGACAUCUACUGCCACAAAUUCAUUCAGCAGGUCUACCUGGCGCUCUUCUGGCUGGCCAUGAGCUCCACCAUGUACAAUCCCAUCAUCUACUGCUGCCUCAAUCGCAGGUUUCGCUCCGGAUUCCGGAUUGCUUUCCGGUGCUGCCCGUGGGUCACGCCCACCGAGGAGGAUAAGAUUGAGCUGACUCACACUCCAUCCCUCUCCCGGAGGGUCAACAGGUGUCACACUAAAGAGACUUUAUUCAUGAAUGGGGAUGUGGCCUCAUCUGAGGCUACUAAUGGGCAGGCUCGGGGUCCCCAACAUGGGGUGCCCACUGAAUCCUAAAGCCUUGCACCUGGCUGCAGGGUGAGGCUUAGCACCGUCUGAGAAGUAGCAGGUCAGGAGACCAGAUCUGAAAAUUCAGCCCAUGCCUCACCCUUCAAUACAUCGAUGGAAAAAGAUGGGUCCGGGAACUCUAAGUAGAUGCUAACUUUAAGAGGGGCCAGCCUUCCCUCUCAGAAAGG